CCAUACGACGCAGUUUCGAUGCGGAGCUCGGACAGAAGAGAAGACAACCCCGACCAUGUCUUCCGUUCCCAUGUCGUCGUCCUCAUCGUUUUCAGGAAUCAGCACCACUAAAAUUAACCGAGGAGAAGAUCCACUAAAUUCUUGGAAUGGCGGUGAGCGCAUGACGUACCCUUCUUCAUAAAGCAAAAAGCUGCAACGUCAAUUCGCGGCCUUGAAGUUCGCUCGCUCGCUCGCUCGCUCGCUGGGUGAUCUUCCUCAGAUCCCAAAUCGCGCAGUCAAACGAAAGCUCCAUCCUUUCUGUGCGAGAAAAGACACCCCACCUCGACACCCCCUUCGAUCCCAAGCGACUGUGAUCUGUCCAAUUUGAGUGCGUGUAAAGCACCCCUUUCUUUUCCCAUCUCACCCAUUUCUUGAUUCGCCUUAAAGCGUUCUCAUUGCGCCCCCCCCCCCCCGGUUUUCUUCUUUUCAAGUCCCAUUUGCUUGCGUUGAAUAGGCGGGGCCAGUUCGUCAUCUGGACAAAUAGUCUCGAGAUUGAAGAGGAUUCAAGAUGUUUAGGCUUUCACCUCGCAGAAGCCAGAGGUCGAAAGGCUUCAAGGUCAAGCAUGCUUUGCAGAUCCUUCUUCUGCUUGGCAUCUGCAUCUGGCUUCUGUACCAAGUGAAGCAUUCACAGAAUAAGAAGGCGGAGUAUGACCAAAGUGCAAAAGCAGCGAACGAUAUUGUGAAAUUUGGUAGAAAGGAUCUCAAUCCUCAAAUGGAGGCUGGAGCUGCCGGCAAUAAGGAGGAUGAAGAAGAGGACGAAAAUAGGAAUGACGAAGAUCAAAGCAAGUCCGAAGAGAGCCUUGGUUUAGGGGGUAAUAGCAAUGACGAGAUUCAAGAGCAUCAAGAUCAAUCUGGCGUUGGAGCUGAGAGUAGAGAGGAUUCCUCAGAUGCUGAGAAGGCGAGCGAGGAAAGGACAGAGGAUCUGAAUGAAGCAAGCAAAGAGAAAGAAGACAUUGAAUCCCAUGACAGGAAGGAUGAGAUGGAAGGUGGGGAAAAGGUGAAUAGUGAGGUCGCAGACAACAACAGUGCUGCGGAGGAAAGUGUAGAGGAUGGCCAACAAAAGGAAAGUAAAGAGGAAGGGGAAGGUAAAGAAAACCAGACCGAAGAGAGCAAAAUUCAAGAGGUGAGUUCUUCAGAUAAUCAGGUUGAUGAUGGAAAUGGAGAGCAUAAUGCGGGAGCGAGGGAGGAACACUACAAAGGGGAUGAUGCUUCCAGUGCAGUAGCCCAUGAAUCCGAUAAUGCAGUAACCAGGGAGAAGCAAGAAGAUUUGGAACAUUCUGACAAGCAAGAGAGCUCAGAACACGAAGAGAAAAAUAAUGAAGAGAAUAAAUCGGAUACCUCUGAAGUUGCUGAGGAUCAUCAAAAUGAGACAGUUCAUCUCAGUGAAAAUAAUACAACUGAGAAUACUGUUUCUUCUGAUGCAGAAGUCCAAAAGGAGGGUUCAGCUGAUGGUAAUCAGGAGGAUAAUACGCACCAUAGCUCCAGUGAAGCAAGAGAAUCUGAUGAAGCGAAGACAGAAACAUCAGAAUCGGCACAGCAGAACAAUAUAGAAUCCACAGAUACAACGGGACAAGACAGUGCUGCCCAACAAAAUGAAGAAACAAAUCAUAAAGAAUCUAAUGAAGAUUCUACCCAACAAGAUGUACAGUCUGAGAAAACCGAUUCAGGGGCUGGCGAUGAGCAUUCCAGUUCUGGAGCAACGUCUUCCACUACGAGUGAUGAUGGAGUUGGCGGUACAACAGGACAAGACACUCCUGCCCAACAAAAUGAAGAUACUAAUCAUAAAGAAUCUAAUGAAGAUUCUACCCAACAAGAUGUACAGUCUAAGAAAGCCAAUUCGGGGGCUAGCGAUGAGCAUUCCACUUCUGGAGAGACACCUUCCACAAGUGAUAAUGGAGGUGGAGAUAACGGAGGAUUUGCAGAUUCUUCUGGAAAUUCUGAACAAACUGUUGAAAGCAAUGGAUCAGAGGAGAAGGGUUCAGUGCCUGUUGACACAAACCAAAAGGACAGUGCUCAAGGCGAAAAUGCCCAAGAUAGUGUUGAAAAGGAAAAAGUACAGGAGAAUGUUAUGACACUGAAACAAAACGAGAAUUCAGAUGCUGGUGCCAAGGAAGGUGCCGAUUCUUCGAACUCCUCGACUCAGCAAGGGAACAAUGAAUCCUCGGACAACAAUAAUGCUGAAACAGGCCAGAGUGAGAACACCACCAAUGAUCAGAGCAAUGCGAACGAAAAUGCGAAACCAAAGGACAACGCAGGUGCUGGCCAAACGGAAGAACUAAGCUCUAGCGAUUCUGCGAAGCAUCAAGAGAAUAAUGAUGCAUCCUCGAACGCGAAUGAUAACAAUGACGCUGGCUCUAACGGCAAUAGUGAUGCUGAUCAGCAAAAUUCCCUGACCUCUGAAGAACAGAAAGAAACAGGGGCAAACACUAAUAGUGGUGCUGAUGCGACCCAGACUGAUUCUGUGGAUCCAUCAAUCUCUCAGGAAAUGAAAGAGGCCCGGACAGAUUUGGGGACCCUACCAGACACAGGGAAUGAAGGAACUAACAGUAAGGAUGCAGCAGCAGAGUGAGAUCAAGCUUCCUGUGAAGUAGGAUUCUGUCUUUUGAUCCUAUUCUAGGUGAUUGGUUUUGUAUUACUAUUUUUUGAGGUUGGUCGCACAACUGUAAGGUUCUUUGUAUGUUUUUGUGCUACGUGGAUGCAAUAUGAUAUAAUUAUCAUGUCUCUCUGCAACUCUAGUGUUGAGGAAGCUAGGAAAAGUAGUUACAUGUGAUGGAUUAAUCUGCGAUAUCAAUGCUAUAAUCUUUGUUUGUCA